AUGACACUUCGAACCAAGUAUCUAGAGCCGUGGAUCCAAGCUAGAGAGAACCUGGAGAGAAGAGAUUGGCUGUCAAAAGACAAAGAGAAAGAAGAGACACAGACCUUAAUUGACAAGGUCUACAAUGCUCUCGGCUCCAUUUCGUGGUCUGCAAACAUCAGAGGCUUCAGUAACACAGAGCGCACAGUCACACUUGCUACAUAUUGUACGGACGAGUGGCUAUCUGAUAUCCAGGAAAAUCAAAUGCUUGACCUACUUCAGAGAAGGUUGCAACAUGAGCCUGGAGGUCAACAGAUCAAAGUUGAGAGUGUGUACUUCUACAUUCUCUUGAAAAGAGGAUAUGACGCCCGUCAUUUCACAUGCAUAUGGGAGACUAGGCAUGCACUUUCAUCGGGCCUCGGUCCAAGUUGCAUUGGCUUCUUGGUAAAUGUCAAUAGAAACCACUGGGUGGCAGUCAUCGUCAACUUCAAUUCUCGCUCUAUCCUUUAUGGUGACUCACUCAAUCAAGAGCCUCCGAACGACAUGCUUGCUAUACUGCAUUGGUGGAUGCAUCAUCAUACUGGUCAUCGUUUCACUACACGUUCACUUGAAAUCACUUACCAAAAAGAUGCCUUCUCAUGUGGCCUCCUCUCCUUCAAUGCCCUCGCACAUCAUUUUCUUCCCAUGGAGUAUCCCUUGAUUGCUGUUUCGAAUGUGAGGAAUGGACGGCUCAAGAUCCUGUUGGAUAUCAUUGAUCAGCACCUUGACCAGGCAGGUGUGCGUCACUUACAAGGACGAACAUUGCUGACUUCUUUAUUUGAUAGAGCUUCGAGUCCAUCAGUCAAGAAUAUCAGUUCACCUUCUCUCAAUCCAAAACCGCUGCUUACCUUGUGCGAUCAGAAAGUCCUUUAUCUUCCAAAAGCAAGACUUGGAUAA